UACAACCUGAGGCUUUCCGGCGAGGAAAAGUUGUGAGCAGUUCAAGAACAGAGUCGGCCGCACGAGGAGAUAGAUAGAUAGAUUAGAUAAACUGAAUAUUGAUCAAGUGAAGUGCCGCACACAGCACGUUGGUUCUCGAUCAAGCAAGGUUCAUGGCCAUGGGCAGCAAUGGCGUCAAGGUCACCUACAUCGAGACGCAGUUCGUCACCUCCGACGCCGCGGGCUUCAAGUCCCUCGUGCAGCGCCUCACGGGCAAGUCCGGCCCCGAAGCCGCCGACGCGCCCCCGCUCCACCGGCCGCGCCCCUGCCGCGCCGCCGCAGCCGAGAGGACGAGCGCUGUCUCUGGAGCACCGAGCCAUCUCACGUCCGCCGCCGCGGGCUCGGUUACCGUUGGUGCGGCUGCGGACCAUGUGCGGACAGCGGCGUUCGCUGCCGACGCCGGCGAUUACUCGGAGCUGCAGGAGCUUUGGGAUUACUCGGAGCUGUUCUGCGCGAGCGAACGGCGCAGUGUCGGUGGUUACAGUGAUUUCCUCUAUUGAAGGUGUAAAUGUUUUUGGUUUUGAGUUUGACUCUCUGGUUACGAGGUAGUGAAUUCAAUUCAU